AAGCCUGCCCUGCAUAUAUUAAUAUUAUUUUACAGCCCUUAAUGUUUGUGUCCUCUGCACUGUCGUUGUGGUACACUUUGUACCGCCGCAUUUAAAGAAAGGAGGAACGCGCCUUUUCAGCUAAAAACCGCUUGUUUCGGCCGUGGUCGCUUCAGUGUGGGACCGGUGGGAAACGGUCGGUUACUAAUGUCUGCAACACCCGGUGUUUGAGUUGUGGGAUGGAGUUUCGUUGACACAGAGAAACGCUACGUGAAAUUUAUAUUUAGUGUCUCCGUACUACCACAGCGAAAUCCACCGGGAGCAGCCCCCCGAGCAACAUGGCAGAUAACAUUAUCGUCAGGGUACAGUCCCCAGAUGGGAUGAAGAAAAUUCCUUCUACCAAGAGGGAGACAGCUGCUGCUUUUUUAAAGAAGGUGGCCAAAGAGUUUGGGUUCAAUUCCAAUGGGUUUUCUAUUUACCUGAACCGCAACAAGACCGGAGAGAUCCUCUCCCAGAACAAAACCCUGAGCCUGCUUAAGAUCAAGCAUGGCGACAUGCUGUAUCUGUUCCCAUCAGGAUCCUCUUCCUCCUCUGGGGAGGUGAUGGACACUGCCACUCCACACUCAUCUUCAUCCCUACCAUCCUCCUCAUCCUCCUCUUCGUCCUCCAUGAUCCCCCGGUCCUUCUCAGCACCCCAGGUCCAGGAGGACGAGAUUGAUCAGUAUCUGACCAAGCAAGACGGCAAGAUCUACAGGAACAAAGAUCCACAGCUAUGUCGCCAUGGUGCCCUUGGAAAAUGUGUGCACUGUGUACCAUUAGAGCCUUUUGACGAAGACUACCUGAAUCACCUCGACCCGCCAGUGAAGCACAUGUCAUUCCACGCAUAUCUUCGGAAGCUGACCGGUGGAGCUGAUAAAGGGAAGUUUGCAGCUUUGGAGAACAUCAGCUGUAAGAUCAAGUCGGGCUGUGAGGGUCACCCUCCCUGGCCAGAGGGGAUCUGCACCAAGUGCCAGCCCAGUGCCAUCACACUGAACAGACAGAAAUACAGACAUGUGGACAACAUCAUGUUUGAGAACCACACCAUCGCUGACCGCUUCCUGGACUUCUGGAGGAAGACGGGCAGUCAGAGAAUGGGAUUCUUGUACGGCAGGUACACUGAGCACAAAGACAUCCCUCUGGGUAUCAGAGCUGAGGUGGCUGCCAUCUACGAGCCGCCACAGAACGCCACUCAGAACAGCCUGGAGCUGGUGGACGAUCCUAAAGCUGCAGCUGUGGAUGAAAUCGCUGCCAAACUGGGCCUCUGCAAGGUGGGCUGGAUCUUCACUGACCUGCUCUCUGAGGAUACGAGGAUAGGCACCGUCCGCUACACGAGAAACAAUGACUCUCACUACCUGAGCGCAGAGGAGUGCAUCACAGCGGGAUACUUCCAGAAUCUACAUUCAAACCCUUGCAGACUCUCUAGAGAUGGCCAUUUUGGCUCCAAAUUUGUGACCGUGGUGGCAACAGGUGGUCCAGAUAACCAGGUGCACUUUGAAGGAUAUCAGGUGUCCAAUCAGUGCAUGGCUUUGGUGAGAGACGAGUGCCUACUGCCCUGCAAAGAUGCUCCUGAGCUGGGCUACGUCAAAGAGUCCAGCCCUGAGCAGUACGUACCAGACGUCUUCUUCAAGGACAAAGACAAGUUUGGAAAUGAUGUCACGUUUCUAGCUCGGCCUCUUCCCGUGGAGUACCUUAUCAUAGAUAUAACCACCACUUUUCCAAAGGACCCCCAGUUUACCUUCACCUCCACACACCGCUUCCCCAUUGAGAACCGUGAUAUCCUGGGAGAGACGCAGGAUUUCCACAGUUUAGCAACAUACCUGUCCCAGUGCACCUCCACGGCAUUCCUGGACAUCGUAUCAGACUUCCAUCUGCUCCUCUUCCUCGUCACCAAUGAAGUCAUGCCUCUGAGAGACAGCAUUGGGUUGCUACUAGAUGCAGUGAGGACUUCUAAUGAGGAUCUGGCACAGACCUGGAAGAAGUCGGAGCAGUGGGCCACCAUCGAGCAGCUGUGCAGUACAGUGGGCGGGCAGCCCUCCAGCUCUCAGGGUUACGGGGCCAUGGGCGGCCCCUCGCUCCCUGCCUCCUCCUCAGCCAUGUGGUCCUGCCUCCACUGCACCUUCAUGAACCAGCCUGGCACAGAGCACUGUGAAAUGUGCAGCCUGCCCCGCAGUUAAAAAAAAAAAGAAAAAAGCCCUCUGCCUCCAUGCCCCGCCCAGAUCUCAUCCUGCCCAGCCCUCCUCUUAACUCGCCAAUGACAUCGCUGCACCAGGACCAGCUGCGAGAUUUGGAUGCCCCCCUUUUUUUUGUGUUUUCUUAUCGCCUCACUUUGAAGCCUUCCCAUCUCACAGGCUGCUGUUCGGCGUGAAAGGGAUGCACUCGUUUACAUCGAAUCCAAUGAGUAAAUAAAAUCAAACAGACUGUGUUCUUUGUAUCCCUCCUCACAGUGGCUCUGGUGAGUGGCGGUGUUCGUUAAGGUAAAGCACUUUCCCCUCACACCCACAGCCCCCCCCUGAAUAAUCAGCCCCUCAGAUAAAUCCUGCUGCGACUCAAGACAGCAGCAAAGACUCGAGUGUUUGGAUGUCGUCUCACAUCAGUGCCCCUCUCACUCUCACAACGUCUUCUGGAAAAUCUUGCUGUGUAUAAAUACAUUUGAGGAAUGAUACUGUUAUUUAAUUAAGCUUCUUCUUUUUUUUUUAUCUGAUUGUAGCGAUACCUUAAAAUUUUGAAUCUUCAGCGUGGACUCUACUCAGUCAGGUUUUUAUAGGUCCUGGUCUCUUUGACAAGCCCCUUAAAGUACAAUCAUUGGUCAAAGCUCAGACCUGAAAACACUUAAGAGCUGCAGAGUAAUUCCACUUAAGUAGAGAGUUUAUAUUUUCAGUAUUAAAUUACUUUAAAGAAUAAGCCGCAGAGUUGGAAACACAAAAAGCUAUUCACCCCUAACUCAUCCUCCACUGAUUGCAGAAGUAACAUGUUGGUGACUGAUGUCCCGCCGACUCAAAGUGGCUCCUAAAGAUCUUUCACUGGUUUGUUGGAAUUGUAGCUUUUGGAUUUGGUGGUUUGAACUUGAGCAGGCAAAAUAUGUAGCUUAUUUUAUCAGCUGUAUGUUCUGUCUCUGAUAAAACUCCCCAGGACACCAUCACCAUCAUCAUCGUCAUCAUUAUUAUUACUGACUGCACUGUAUUAGCCGUGAGGUGCUUCUAGAAACAACUGGUGCUCGCCACUUUCCUCUCUGCCGCUCCCUACCUGUGGUUCUUUUGUUUUCUCGCUGGCGCCGGUCCAAAGGAGUCGGACCGUAACCGAUGGGGCCCCUCUGGGUUUUUCCAUCACUCAGCCUUCAAAGACUUUGCUGCUCAGAGUGCGAGGGGUCGCAGGUCACCACGGGGAGAGAAAGCUGCCUAACAUUUCACUCGUCUCUUCUGAUGUUUGUGCUUUUACAUCUGUGAGCAGUAUGACGAUGAUCAGAUCGAUGAAGAGAGCCUCGUCUGUGUUCGGCUCUGCAGAUUAUUAUUAUCUGUUCUUUCAAGCAAAAAAAAAAACCCAAAACUCUGAGCUUCUUCCAGCGGGAGGCACGUAGGAUGUUCAGCACGCAGGUUCAGUCGAUGUUUUAUUUCCACUUUGUGAAGCUACAGUUGUCAGUGGUGUGGAAGGAGCCGAGCCUGGAAACAAUGUGAAAAGCACUUAAAGCUCCACGAUGGCACUAAAAAGGCACACAGGCCACUUAAAGGGUCAGUUCACCCAAAUGACAAAGAAGACAAAACAUUUUCUCACUUACCUCUCGUUGUAUUUAGCCAAACAAAUCGUUGAUACAUCUCUGAGGUUCACUGAUCAGCCAAAACAUUAAAACCAUUGACGUGAGGUGAAUAACGUUGAUCACCUCGUUACAAUACGAUGAUCUGCUAGGAGACCUUUGGUCCUGGCAUCAGUGCAGAUGGCACUUGACACGCUCCACCCAGCCAACACCGUUACAGACAGUGAUUCCCACAGAAUUAGAAUCUGUGUUUGAUGGGAGAUGACAAUGUUUUUUUUGUCUUGGUUAUGUCCUUGUGUAUCAGUCUGUGACCCUCUUUAAAUUCAGAGGGAUUUGCAGGUCUGAAUGCAGCGCAGGCGAAACUCUUUAUGAGUAAUUUUUUUCCUCGGCAGCAGUUUGCAGAGUUUGAGUUGCAGGGUUGAUAAUUGAUCAGAGCUUAUCAGAACAGAUCGAAGGAUGAGAGGAGCAGCUGCUGCAUGGCAUUCUGCUGCUCCGUCUGUGCCCAGAGUAUCCUCUGCACUGCAACAGUGUGCAUGUAUGAGUAACCCAGUGGUUGGUAAAUUCCAAAAGCACUCGUAAUUAACAGCCCAGCUCCAAAAAUAGAGGCGGCAGGUAUUUCAAUCGUGGCAGCCUGCCACAAAAAUAUCAAUGUGUGGGAAAUGCUUCAGACAAAGUACCACCCUCAUGGCGAUGGCUGUGACCCUCCAGCAGAAUGAUGCACCAUGCCACACUGCAAAAACUGUUCAGGCUCCACGAAUGUAAUGAAGAGCUCAAGGCAUCAACAUGGCCUCCAAAUUCGCCAGAUCCUGAUCUGAUCGAGCAUUCAUGGGACGUUCUGGUAACUCCAAUCCACGGUGGGGCCUCGUUGGAUCGGACUUGGCUCUGACCUGUCGAGGCAUGGACACAUGACCUCUGAGGUGUGCUGUGGUGUCUGACACCAGGGCGUUAGUAGUGGAUCCUUUGAGUCCUGUGGGUUGUGAGGUCAGGUACCAGCAUGUCCCACAGAUGCUUGAUCAGACUGGGGUCUGGGGAAUUUUGAGGCCAGGUCGAUGCCUUGAGGUCUUUGUCACGUUCCUCAGGCCAAAUCUUAGUAGUUGUUAUGGUGUGGGGCGGCGCGUUUCUGGGGCCACUGUCAUUGUUGAGUGCUGUUGCCAUGAGCGGGGUUGUGUCAAGUUGCAUCCACAUGAACGCCAGGACCAAAGGUUUCCCAGCAGAACAUUGCACUGUAACAAGAUGGUUUAUGUUACUCACUUCACCUGUCAGUGGUUUUAAUGGAGGUGAGUGGAAUCUUAUUUCAAAGCAUUUCAAUGUGACAUUUAAAAACUUAACAGUCAGCAGUUUUCGUAGGCUGAAAGUUGUCAGUGAGAGGAGGCAGAAAUUCUCAGAGAGAGACGAGUAAAAGUUUUUCCACAUAUAGAUGCCACUGGAGGUUAGUGAGGAAAGGUUUUGUUUUUAUUGUAAAUAAUUUCAGUGAACUAACCCUUUAAAAGGCAACUUUGGUCAUUUUCAGCCUGGACACUUUCCCAUGUUUUUAUGUCUCAGUGACGAAUGGAGACAGCAGUUUUUUGAAUUUGUCCUGUAUGAGUGAAACAGGCUGCAGUGUAACCACUCAGGUCCUGUUCACACCGUCGGUGAACGUGCACUAAAAUUGUUUGUUUUUGCUUCUGACAGAUUUAGAUUGUUAUCAUAAGUAUUUGAGAACAUUAUUUAAAGGAUCCCUACAGAGAUAGACAUUUGCCAAACUCGCCAGACUCCAAAACACACCUCAUGGUGAACUUCCCUCCAUCCCUCCAGUGCCUACAUCUCUCUCUUUAGCGGAGAUAGGCAGCACUGAUCAAAUGUAAACCAAGACUCUGUUACUGCGUCGCCUAUUUCACUCCUCAGAUGUUUUCAGAAACCUAUUUUAGCUUAACGUGGAGCUGUGCAUUCUGGUACUUGUUGGUUUUCUACCUCUUGAGCUAAAGCUAUUGCCACAGCCUGUUUUCUCUGGUCAUGUAGCACCAAUUUCAAAAUUGUGUGUGUUUCUACUGCAUAGAGAGCCUUAGUUAUAUGUGAGGACCUUCUUUAUAUCAGUGAAACACGUUUUUAAUUCACCCAGUUAGAUGUGAAAACAUGCUGCAUCUAUACACGCUAAAAUUACUGUUGAUUUAAAUGGAGUCUGGUGGGUUUGGUGUCGAUUCAAAGGCUGUUCCUGGUUAAACAAAGGAUCUUACUCUUUAACAAACAGCUCUAUCUCUGUAGGGAUCCUUUACAUAAUGUUGUCAGACACUUAGAAUAACAGUCUGAGCCUGUCAGUGACAAAAAUAGUUUUAGUGGCCGUACGUUGACCGUGUGAACAUGCCCUGAGUGGUGGCAUUGCAGCCUGUUUCGCUCUCUCAGUGCUGGACCACCUUAAAAAAUCGUUGUCUUCAUCAGUGAUUUAAACACAAAACAUGAUAAAAUAAUUCCAGGUUGAAGAGUACCAAAGUUACCCUUGAACACAUCACAGUCAGCAGCAGGCGUUUGGGGAUUGUUGAUUAAAACUGGUUCUUUUUAAUCACUUUUAUGUUCCCUUUUGAUUUUCUGUCAUGAGACUAAUAUUGGGACCAAAACUUGUGAGAUCAUUUGAGUCAUAAAGUUCAGCUUUGGUUGCACAUCAUUAACAUCUGGCCACAAAAUGUUGCUUCGAGCCGCUCCACACGAAUGCUCAUAACAUUUCUAACAUGCAGCAAAAUCAAAACAUAUUGUCUGUACACAGCUGUGACAGAUGUUAAGCAUGGGUGGUGCCAGAAUGAAGGUUCAUCCACCUGCAGAGGUAAACGUGUCUACAUAGACACACCAAAGACAAUAUGGAAAAAAACAACAGUGAGCUUUGAAGCUAACAGACGUCAUGUUUGUCGUGUCCUGCAUGACUUGAAUGCAUCUGCAGUUUUUCUAGUGCUCAUAUAAAUUGAAUUGAAAACUGAUUUUUAAAAGACUAAUUGAGGACAGAAGCUAACGCACUGAUGCUAAAACAAAAAGCUAACAAGCUACACGACUCAUAUCGACACAUUUUGAAUGAUCCUCAUUCAUCCAGUUUUUGAGUCUCUUUAAAUCGACGUCCUCGAUGCGUCCGCUGCUGACUGAUGACAACAUUCUCAAACCUUUUAUCGCCACUUUCAUGUUUACUUUUUCCUCGUAACUUUGUGCACUGCUACAUGAAAUAAUUUCAUUUCGCUAGAAGGAAGUUCCACCUGACAGAAGCGAAUCACUGACUUCUGUUUCAUCGGGGUCGUUGACGGGGUUAACGGCGGGCGAGUCGUCGGCUGCAGAUUUGCUAUUUAUGAGACGUGUGCUUCUUCGUAAGAGCUUGACAGUAAUUCCAUUGAUGAUUGGUGAGAAUAUAUUUUUAGUUGUAGGUUAAUUUGAAAAUGCUUGAAAAAAAAAAGUUUGUUUUUUUCUUUUUUCUGCCCGGUGAUAUCAUUCUCGCCCCCGUGUGAAUUCUCAAGAGCGAUUUAUCUGAUGUCAUGCUAACGGACGGCAGUGACCUUUUCCUUUUGUAUUGAUCCAGGGGCCGUUUGCUGAGCAAGCAUGCUCUUGGAGUUACAGCCGGUCCUCACUUUCCACUGAGCUAACUGAGGACCCUGGGAGUUGUAUGCUGUUGACCUGGAUUUGAAACAAAAUAAUAAAAAACAACUACAAAGAAUUCUUAUUGCUGAAAA